GCGCUGCUAAAAACAGCCCUGGCUCCCCUCGGCCCCCCGUUUAAGCAAUGUCCUCCAGUGAGCGAAGCCCAGAGAGCCUCUGAUCGCGGCGGAGCCUUGGAUUUAUUUCAAGGGAAAUUAACCCGGAAACCGACCUGCGACGCCGUGAUCCUGAGCAUAUGCCCCUGGAAAAGCUAGGGAUGAGCACCUCCCUGAACUACAAGUCCUUCUCCAAAGAGCAGCAGACCAUGGAUAACCUGGAGAAGCAGCUGAUUUGCCCCAUCUGUUUGGAGAUGUUCACCAAGCCGGUGGUCAUCCUGCCCUGCCAGCACAACCUGUGUAGGAAGUGCGCCAGCGACAUUUUCCAGGCCUCGAACCCCUACCUGCCCACCAGGGGAGGCACAACCAUGGCUUCAGGAGGCCGGUUUCGGUGCCCCUCAUGCAGGCAUGAAGUGGUCCUCGACCGGCACGGCGUAUACGGGCUGCAGAGGAACCUGCUGGUGGAGAACAUCAUCGACAUAUACAAGCAGGAGUCCACAAGGCCUGAAAGGAAAUGUGACCAGCCAAUGUGUGAAGAGCAUGAAGAUGAGAGAAUUAAUAUCUAUUGUUUGAACUGUGAAAUGCCCACCUGCUCCUUGUGCAAAGUCUUUGGUGCCCACAAAGACUGUCAGGUUGCUCCUCUCACAAACGUUUACCAGAGACAGAAGUCCGAGCUGAGUGACGGCAUCGCAGUCCUGGUGGGGAGCAAUGACAGAGUGCAAGGGAUAGUCACACAGCUGGAGGAGACCUGCAAGACGGUUGAGGUAAGUAGUAGGCCUUCACAUGCAGUUAU